CUCUAAGGAACAUAAGACCUCCUUCUGUAACUUAAAUAUGAAAAAUUGCUCCUACGAAGACAUUGUCAGGAUGAUUCAGUUAUUGGUUGUACUGCUUCUUCUUCAUCAAGGAUAUACCUUGGUACCAGUGACCACAGUUCCUCUGGGUGAACCAGCAACUUUUACAUGUCCGCUUCCUGCUGAAAAGCUGGACAAUAAUGAGCUUCACUGGUACAAACAGAAUGCAGGACAGACGCUGAAAUUAAUUGUAAAGCUGCGAAAGCACGCAGAACCUGCUUAUGGGCCAGAAUUUUCUGCCUCAAGAGUGAAUGCAUCAAAAAAUGAAGGCUUCAGAAGUCUGACAAUUCUAAGAACAGUUCAAGAAGAUGAAGGAAUGUAUCACUGCGCGAUUAUUGACUGGAUAGAGAAUUCUUGGCAUGGGACCUAUUUGUUAUUAACAGGAAACUCUGAAAAUAUACCAAAGUACCAAAUUGUGCAAGAGGCAAAAGCAUCAACUCCAGAUCACGAAAGCAACUCUUUGACUCUUCAGUGUUCAGUGAUGUCUGACUUUAACCACAAUGCGUGUCCAGAAGACAUCAGUGUGUUUUGGUUCAAAGUCAAAUCAGAUCAAUCUCAUCCAAAUGUCAUCUAUGUUCAUGGAGAUAGAAAUGAUCAAUGUCAAAAGAAAUUUGAUUUCCAGAGGAGGUGCGUGUUCUCCAAGAACAUCAGAGCGUCUGAUACUGGGAAAUAUUACUGUGCUGUGGCCUCAUGUGGGGAGAUUUUUCUUGGAACUGGAGCAAAACAAAAUCAACAACCUGACCAAACAAAAGACCCACAAAAUAAUGUGCCGGUGAUAAUAAUAACAUGUUUGGUCAUUUCGGCCAUUGUAAAUGUUAUUUUGAUCUGCUACCAAACCCUAAAGACAGCAUGCAAACAAGUUGAAGGGACAGAAAGCACCUCUUCACCAGCCACACAUGAUAACAUGGCUGAAUCAGGAGAAUACACUGACAACGAUAACCAGAAUCUGGACUAUGCUGCUUUGCAAUUCUCUGGAAGAAAAAGCACGCGAUGGACGAAGAAGAAGCAGUCGAAUACUGAGGAAGGUGUAUAUGCACAAGUUAAAGUCUGAAUAGGAAAGUCUGUGUGAGAACUACCGGUAAUAAAACCACUGUCAGAAAGUGUAAAAAAAAGGUGCAAUUUUCAUUUAGUGGCUGUUUUUUAAAAUUUGCUUCACUGUCAUAAUCCAGACAGAGCUCUUCUAUCCAAUGGUAAACUGCUUAUAGGCCACCCCAGAUUCAGAAACAGAGGCGACAGAGCUUUUUCUGUGGUGACCCAUAAGGUGCCUUUGAAAAUCAGAGCUGCUCAAACUGUUGAUAACUUUAAAUAUCUGCUCAUUUUUUGUGACAUUUUUGUGGCUUGCAAUUCUACUAAAGCAGCACAUCUCUGCAAAUUUUUUUUUAUUGAUUAUUUUGCUUGAGUUUUUGAUUUCUUACAGUGUAAAGCACCUUGGUCAGCUAUUGUUGUUUGUAGAUGUGCUAUAUAAGUAAGCUUGACAUAUAGUAAUCAUAAACAUUUAUAAUUGCUAUGACUAUCUAUGUAUGUAUUGAUUAAAAAAAAAUCGUGAGUGUAUUGUUUCCAUUUUUUAAGCAGUGACCCACAACUUAUUUUCUGGUUUCAGAA